GGCUUGUUAAGAAGAGAAAGCCCAAUAUAAGUUAAUUUUUGCGUCACAAUCACAGGAAAAGAGUGCGAUGGAAGGAACAGAAACGAAGAGCGAUGGCAAUGGCGAUGUUGUUCGUCCAUGGCAGUCUUACCACACUGUUUACACGACCGCCAAAGCAGGAAUGGAAGGGGUUGACAAGGAGAAGGUACAAAGGGUAGUUUAUGAAAUGAGCAAAGGAUCCAAAUACUUUCAAAACGAGGAGCGGAAGGACGCUUAUAUUAAGCAGAAAAUUGACAACCUGCGAAUUCACUGUGCAAAGCUCACACAAGCAGACUUGUCCAAUUAUCAAAAGGUGGCUGAUAGUAGAAUUGUUGAGCUAGAAGCUUCACGUGACCUCUCAAGGAUUUGGUUACAUGUAGAUAUGGAUGCUUUCUAUGCUGCAGUUGAGACUUUAAGUAACCCUACAUUAAAGGGCAAGCCAAUGGCUGUUGGGAGCAUGUCCAUGUUAUCCACUGCCAACUAUGAGGCCCGGAAAUUUGGGGUUCGUGCUGCCAUGCCUGGGUUCAUUGCACGUAAGCUAUGUCCAGAAUUAAUCUUUGUCCCAACAGAUUUCAAGAAGUAUAAUUAUUACAGUGAUUUGACCAGAAAAGUUUUUCAGAGGUAUGAUCCCAAUUUCAUUGCUGGUAGUCUGGAUGAAGCAUACCUUGAUGUAACUGAAGUUUGCAAAGAAAGGAAUGUCAAAAGUGAAGAAAUUGCCCAAGUACUCAGAGCUAGUGUUUAUGAAGAGACUGGUCUCACCUGUAGUGCUGGAGUGGCACCAAAUCGCUUACUUGCUAAGGUUUGUUCAGACAUAAACAAGCCAAAUGGACAGUAUAUUUUGCCAAAUGAUCGCAUGGCCGUUAUGACCUUCAUAUCCUCCCUUCCUAUUAGAAAGAUUGGGGGCAUUGGUAAGGUCACUGAACAAAUUUUGAAGGAAGUUUUUGGAAUUAACACAUGUGAGCAGAUGCUGGAGAAGAGUAGCUACCUUUGCGCACUUUUCUCUCAGUCAUCAGCAGAUUUUUUUCUCUCUGUAGGUUUAGGUCUUGGGCAGACAGAUUCUCCCCAAGUAAGAUUUCGGAAAAGUAUUAGUAAUGAAAGAACAUUUUCUGCCACUGAGGAUGAAGUGCUGUUGCAUAAAAGAUUGGUGGAGCUUGCUGAAAUGUUAUCAACCGAUAUGCAAAAAGAGGGUCUGUGUGGGCGAACAUUGACUCUUAAACUGAAAACUGCUUCUUUUGAGGUUCGGACUAGAGCUGUGACUUUACAAAAGUACAUCAGCUCAAGUGAAGAUAUUUUGAAGCAUGCUCAAAAGUUGCUAAAAGCUGAACUUCCUAUUUCAGUAAGAUUGUUAGGUCUUAGAGUAUCGCAGUUUAAUGGAGACAAGUGUAGUGCUAUGUCUGAUCCUACACAGAAGACCAUUACCAACUUCAUUACUUUGGGAGAUAUCAAUAGAAAUUGUAGUUAUUCUUCAGAUGUUGCAGAUCAUAAUUUUGUCAGUAAUGCAGAGACUGAUCUUUCCAUUGACAGUCGGCAGACAAGUCAGCUUGAUUGGAGAGAUCCUUUUGAUGAUAAUCAUUCAUCAGAUGUAGGUUACCAAAGCUGCCCAGUCUGGCAAAAUGAUUGUGUAGAGGAGGUACAAACAUCUAGUAAUGGUGCUACAAGUUCUAACUACAUUGGAUUUACGGAAGUGCUGGGGUCAACUUCUUUCCAGGGGCAGUUUGAAGGCGUAAAUGUGAAGAAUAGUUCCAAUUUCCUGGAGGAUGAGGGGCUUAAUUCUUGUUGCCAGGAGAAGACAAUGUUGUGGUUGAAUGACUACAAAUGUUCACUUUGUGGAAUAGAACUGCCUCCAAGUUUUGUAGAGGAAAGAUUGGAGCAUUCUGAUUUUCAUCUUGCUGAAAAGCUUCAAAAGGAAGAAUCUAGGACUAGGAUUCACCAAACAUCUGUUACUCAAAGUCGGGGACAAAAGGAUGUAAUCACUAGACAAAGCAAAUCCAAGAAGCAAAAGUUGUCGCAGAAAGAAUGCAGGUAUACACCCAUUGAUUAUUUUUUUGUUAAAAAAUAAUCAAAGCUGUCAAUUUAUUAUAAUGUACAGAAUAACUCAACUUGGCAGUUACUGUAUAAUAUGCAUGAUAUUUUUUCUUGUAACAUGUAUAAAAUAAUAAUCCAUCCACUUGUAAUUUAGGUUGUAAUAUGAAAUCUUGUAUUUUAGGUUGUAUAAAAUAGUUUCCUUCACGUGGCAUAUUGUCCGUGAGUAUUUUC